GUCUUUGUUCGGCGAAAAGCUACUAAAUUGAAACAUAGAUAACAAACGACAAACGGUAAAUUAAGGUCAGUUGCCUAUUGAGUAGUAAACGAAUAAAACUUAUAGUAAAAAGAUCUCUAGAUUCAAACAAGAAAGAUGUCUUUUUCAAACGAAAGCCACAACUACAUAUAUCUCAAGGAACUCAACAAUGCUAUGAUUAAGUUAUUAAUACCAAAUACCGUACUCUUAUUUGCGUUUCUAAUCACAAGCCUUGCUGGAAAUGGCUUAGUUUUGUACGUUUAUACAUUAAAACUUAAAUCGAAAACGGACGACAGAUAUUUUAUUCCGUGUUUAGCUUUUGUUGAUAUUAUUACAUGUAGUACCGGCGCAUCAUUUCUAAUUUCUUUGAAUUUCAAUCCCUUGAAUUUUCGAAAUGACUUGAUAUGUAAAUUGAUCUGGAGUUUAAAUCAUUCAAUUGCCUUAAUUUCGGGUAUGUUGCUAUUAGCAAUUGCUUUGCAACGGUAUAUCAAGGUCAGUCGACUAUUAAACUCUUCCAUGACUCUGAGAAGUAAACGAUUGACAAUUACAGCAAUCAUCAUAGGAUCUAUAAUUAUAUCAGUACCUUGUUUAUUUUUCUACGGCGAAGCGGAAGUUCCAUUGAAAAAUAAAAACAGAACAAUUACGGGGUAUAAUUGCGGAGCUGUGCCAAAUGUGAAUCGAAAUUUGCUACUUGCUUAUUCAGUUACACUGUUGUUGAUAAGUUUAUCGGGGAUUUUUGCACUCAUCACAUUAUAUUCUGUAAUACUUAGUAUCAUUUACAAGAAAGAAUCUGUUAGAAAGAGAAAUAAUUAUAGACAAAACGUCAAUGUACAACACGGUUUAGGAAAUACAAACAACACAGAUGGAUCAACUUACACUGAUGCUGAAUCUUACAGCACAAAUAUGGAUUCAACAACGACAAGCAACCAACAACAGACUAAUGAGGGGAAACCAACAAUCAAGGAGAACAAACCAACUGUUCCCGCUGGAAUCCGUAUAAGGUGGAAAUCAAAAACUUUUCGAAUCCUAUGUCGAAUAAUGCACAAACAUCGAUUCUUUAUAAUGUUUUUCCUUAUAGCGAUUUUAUCUUGUAUUUCUUAUCUCCCUAGAUUUGCCCUGAUGAUUACAGGAUCUGUGAUAUCAAAUUUCUGGUAUGAGUUAACAGAUGUGGAAUACUUCAUAGCUUUAUGUUUUUACAGAGGAUAUCUUUUAAAUACUGCUGUUAAUCCUGUCAUAUAUUUGGUUUUCGACACGGACUUUAGGUCUUCGUGCAAACAACUAUGUUGUAGCGAUCGAUGAGACCAUAUAAAGUUUGAACGAAUAGACGUUUUUUUCAAUUGUCAUUUUGAUUCUUAAUUUCUUUGAAAGGUGUAGACCGCUAUAUCCACAUUCGUCAUAGACUCCGCUGAGAUCUGAGCUUUUAAUUUUCCCAAGGAAGACCUGCUUGGAGUUUUCCAUAGGGAGAAUUUUGCUGAAAUUUGCGCUCUUUAUUUCAACAUGAAAACUCUUCUUGUAGGUUUAAAUCACAGUAAUGUGCUCAUUAAAGUUAGUACACCAUUAAGUAUUUCAUAACGACAAAAGAUUGGUUUUUAUGUGUAGAUGCAUGUUUUCUUAAAUUUUCUUAAUGUGUGCUUACUAUGAAAAUAAGGAGGAGAAUCAAACAAACGAUUGUGCAUUUAUUUAUUUUGUUUUUGUGUUAUUAUUAGAAAAAAAUUAAUGAGUCAAAAGUCUAUUUGAAAUUAUAUAUUGAUUAAUGAAUGGCAGGGUUUUAUGCUGUCAGCUAAAGUCACGUAACUGUGGUUUACGUGCGAGGUUUUACACCAUUCAAUCCAGGUUCAAUCCAGGUCCAAUCCAGGUUCAAUCCAUGCCUGUACCAAGUCAGAAAUGUGACAGUUGUUAUCCAUUCGUUUGAUGUGUUUGGGCUUUUGAUUUUUCCAUUUGAUUAGGGACUUUCCAUUUUGAAUUUUCCACGGAGUUCAGUAUUUUUUGUCAUUUUACUUCUUAAUGGUAUUGAUAGUGUAUAAAAAAUAAAACUUUUUUGUCGUGGUGUAGAAAAGCAUCGACCAUUCUGAAAUACAAGUUAUUAAUCUAGCCGCAAAUAGAAUAAAUUCAACGGGGUUUACCAUUAAUCAACAUAGUUAUUCUCAUAAAAACAUAAUAAAAUUAUUGUCUGUAGAAUUUUAUAAAUGUUAUUGUAUUAAUUAAAUAUAUUAUCAAAAUGUAUUUAUUCAACUUU